AGAGUCAGAGUUCACCGCAUUCUUGUCUCCCCUCUUAAUAGAGCUAAAGCUGCAGCUGGCCUGCACGCUUUUUGCUUUUUGAAAAAAAAUUUGAUUCUACUAUUUCUCUUGCUGAAAAUAAAUUUACAUUCCAAAAUUUAGCUUUUACACCAUAAGAAAAUGUCAUCUUCUUCCUCGUCCUCUUCGUCGAGCAGCAGCUCCUCCAGCAGCGGCUCGUCGAAGAAGAAAUCCAAGCAGUCCAGCGAUUCCAGUAAGAAAGACUCGCCCCGCUACUCCUCCGCCGGGCCGGCGCAGAGCAACGAACCCGGCACCAUGGCAGGCGGGUUUGCGACGCUCGGCGCUACUCGCGGUUCCGCUGCGGAAGCAAGCGAACCGGCGGAGCGCAAAUCCCGCCACAGCUCCACCGCGGAUAAAGAGGGAAGACUCCGCAGGCCAACCGAUCAGGGCUUGAAGUCCUCGGAAAUUAAGAAGACGAAAACUUCGAUGAUGCGGUUUUACUUACAACAGGUCGAACCGCGUUUGGCGACGACAAAGCUCGAUUUGUAUGAUGUCGACACCGCGAAGCAGGUCAUUGAUGUGAUCGAGCCUGGGGAAGUCGUCGAGGUCAACCCAGUGGACCCGCAAACGGGGAUGUUUUACGCGAGGGUGCAGACGAUCCACGGCUUUUUACAGUCCAAUGAAAAUCUCCACCCCUUCGACUCGGCAAAGUCGCAACACCUGCUGGAAUUACCGUUGGCCAUGACGGUUACUCUAUUAGACGACAUCGAGUCCGACCGGAAGGAGGCGAUCUCCGCCACGGCGAGGAUUUUGCUGUUGCUCUACUCGGAGCUGAAGGAUUUGGAAAUGGCCUUGGCGACGCUCGCCUCCCGCUUGUGGCACAUGAUGCUCUUCGGCCCACUCGGGUUCGUCCCGGAAGGCACGAAGCCCCAGUACAAAGAUCGGGACUCGGCUUUCAAAAAAGCCAACCCGUUUCUGCAAACUUUGGUGAAGCAAAUCUACGACGAGAUCGCGCGGCAGCACCCGAAAAUCGCGGACAAAUUCGAGUACCAGAACAGCAUCCAGGCGGUGAAAGCCUCGAUUGCGGUGUUGUUAAGAAAGGACAAGGAGCACAUGACCGAGCCGGAUUCUACUGGGAAAAAGUUUGUCACGGUGAAGGGCCUAUCAAAUGCAAAAAUGUCUGUGUCGGGAAAGUUGGAACUUGUAAUGCUGGUCUUGCAUUCCUGUGAAAUCUGUAUUGCAUGACCAACAAAAGUGGCAGCCUCUCACGUCAUACAAAAACGGAGUUUGUCAUGCGAACUGUGUAUGAUAAAGCGUUGCGCAGAUGACUUGUCAUGCUUUCCUGCAUGAGGAAGCGUUUUCAUCAUGCACAUUUUAGCAUCACAAAUUGAAAUUUCCAGACCCAGAGAUAUUUGCACUUGAUAAGGCCCUUUAGCCUUUCUCGAACCGGAGCUGGUGCAGAGACUCGCGACUUUGGAUGUCGUUUCGCUCGAAACGUCGUUACUCCAAUCGGAGGAGAUCCACAAGAACGAGCAGGGGACGUUCCAAAUCGUGCCGUACGGGAAGAACGCGUUGGGCUCUAUCACCGACGACAGUUCCUCGUCUGUUGUCACCGAUCCGAAAAGCGGGGUGAAAGGUCUCUUCGACGAUUCCGACUUACGGUCCGACAUCAAACGCGCGAGUGACUCCGCGACGAAGAUCUCCCCCUACAUCCAGCAAACGAUCAAAAAAUCCGAGGACGGCACCCACUGGGUCUUCACCGACCACACGGAGCAGGCCCAGGAGUUACCGUUAAAGCACCCGGCCGAGUUGACCUUGAGCUAUUUGCAGGAUGGGAAGCCAUCGGAAUUAGUCCGCCAGUGGGACUACAUGGCAAAUGCGAAGGACGCGGACUCCGUCGUGGAUGACACUUCCGCGGGGGAUUCCUCCGCGAUCAUCAAUCAGGAAGCGGAGAAGCUUCGUCAGAACCAGAAAGUCCUGAUCGAUGUGGACCCGAAGUUGUUUGACGAGACGAACAACCUCGGCGUGGAUAUCUACGGCGCUCGGAAGGACAUGAACAUGUUUGGCGUGAAGGACAAAAACGCGGGGUCGUUGUCCUGGUUGUACGACGAGGUGGAUUGGAAGGCCGCGGUCGGGGACGGCGGGGAUUUUCUGUACAAAAACCCGAAAGAACGGUUUUCUCGGAUCAAAUACUUCAAACAAGCGGAGAAACUGAACCAAGUGCCGGGGAAGGGCAAACCGAAAAAAUCGCUCCGCGGUCGGAAAUAUCAAAGGCAAAAGUAUCGCACUCGUAGAAAUUGCAGUCGUGCAUGACAAACCUGGUUCCUGAGCUCAUUCAGCAUUACAAAUUCCAUUUUUCCUUCAGGAAAAAUUUGUGCUGCUAUUUCUACUAGAGCGAUACUUUUGCAAUGCAUAGAAAAAUCGGUGAUGGCGCGACGGUGUACGCGACGCAGGGUGGCGGUUUAGCGAUCAGCGAAAAUUCCCGGGGCAGCAUGGGGAAGGUACUAUGGGUUAUUUGUCAUGCGUAAUCUGCUCCAUGAAUCAUGAGUAGUUUUAUUCGCUUUUGUGAUGCAGAAAUGCCGAGUAGAGGUUGUUUUGGUUUCCAAAAAUUUCGAAAUGUGUCAUGCAGGACAAUCCGCACAUUACCCUGUUUUUGUCAUGCACCAAUUCCAAAUCAAUAUCAGUCCGCCUACGAGCGCCAGCCGGGUUUGCAAAUCCGCGACUUUUUCAACAAGGAAACGGAGGACCAGCAGGGCGUUUGUGUUGCGACUUUCCAUAUGCAUUGCAAAUAUGUCUGGGUCUGGAAAAGUGGAGCUUGUGUCGCGGGUCUAGCAUUCCUGAAAAAUUUGUGUUGCAUAGCCAGCAAAAGUUUUGCCUUUUUGUGAUGCAAAGACGCAGUUUGUCAUGCGUCAUACGCAUCAGUCGGCGCCAAAUAAACCUGUCAUGCUUGGCUGGACUUGAAAGCACCAGGCUCAUCCAUGUUUUAGCAUCACAAGUUUCAUCCAGACCCAGACAUAUUUGCAUUUGAUAUUCCAACGAAGGACACAACUUGCCAACAUGUUCCUAGAAGCGACCAACCGAUAUUUCCUCGACGACGUGAGGCGACAACUGGUCAUCGAGCAGGUGGCUAAGCUCAUGCAGCACCCGCCGCACUUUGACUCGACGUUGCCGUUAAGUCACCCCGAAUUGGUGAAGCAGGAGAUCGCCGAUGAUGUGAUCCAUUUGUUGAAAACCGACGGGACCAUGAAGAAAAUGAUCGCCGCGAUCGACGAGGGGGAAUACGAUUAUUCGGAAUUGUACAGUUGUGGUGAAAAUCUGUACAAUCUCUGUCGCGAGCACCCGAAAUGCUUAGUCGAAGAUAUUUCCAACGCGUUGGAUUAUACCCUGAAACAAUCCGAAAACGAGAUCACGCGGGUGGAGACGGAAGCGGCGGCGGACCGCGCGGAAAUGUCCGAUGUGGAAGAUGAAGACGUAGAGCACGUUAUCAAAAUGAAAAGUGCAGCUCCCACCCCAGAAAGGGAAAGUGUUUGUAUUGCAAAGGUUGCGAAUGGAAAAACUCUCCAUCUUGCAUAUUCCCGCAACACAGAUUUAAGUAUUUCAUUGAGGAAUUCUAGCACAAAAAUCUGUGUUGCAAAAAGGCCCAGCAACAGUGGGGCUUGUCAUGCGAGAGAUGCUCUACAGGACUAGAAUCUAGAUCGGGGACGAGACUCACUCGUGGUCGUUUCAUGCAAGACAAAACUGAUUUCCAUUCGGGAAUUUCGCAUCAGAAAUUGUUUGCACUUCUGGGGCAGCGGGGCACUUUUCAAGUUGAUACACGUGCCGAUCGACGAAAAACUCGAUCGGAUCGCGGUCUACCACCAAGAUCUGACCGAAGUGGUCGUCAAGCUCGGGAUCAAGGGGGGCCGGGAGGAUGUUCUCUCCAAGGCCGAAGUCGCCUUCCAAUACAUCUGCGAGUCGGCAGUGAAAAUCGUGCAACUCAUGAUCGACGAGCGGAAAAUCGGGCGGCACACGAGAACAAGCGAGAGAGAAUUCUUAGAAGCGGUUCUGGCGCACGUGACGUUGAAACUGGUCGUCGUCGCCGCUUUUGAACACUACGACGCGAUCAAGCACGACGAAUACACGGAUCCGCGGGCGAAGUUCCAUGACCAGAUUCUCGAAUCUUCUCGGAAGCGUGCGACCGAUCUGUUGAACGUUUUCCGGAACACUUUUAACCAAAUGGAUUUGGAUGAGUCGCUUUUCGACCCCAUCCGGGAGAAAUUGUAUUUGGAAAUCAACGACGCGGUAUUUUUGCUAUACCAGGUCACGACGGAGAACACGCAGCUACCCAUGCAGGUGGAAAAGUUGGAAGACAGAACCCCGUAUCAACCGCAAAUGCGUCUGGGUCUGGAAAGUUCGAACUUGUAAUGCAGGUCUCACAUUCUUGUAAAAUUUGUGUUGCAUGACCAACAAAAUGCGCAGCCCCUUUUGUCUAUACGAAAACGCAGCUUCUCAUGCGGGCUACGCAUCAGAAAGCUUAGUGGAAAGUUGUCAUGCUUGGCUGCAUUCGGAAUUGCUUCCAUCAUUCACACUUUAGCAUCACAAGUUUCCAGACCCAGACAUGUUUGCAAUGCAUACCCCGAUUUCCUGGCGGUUUCAAUCUGACGUAGACAUUUUGGUGGAGGCGGUUUUGUACCAAAUUGAAAAGCGGAUUUGGGAUGACAAAGCCCGGAAAAGCAACGUCGUGGCGGAGUUUGAGAAGGUAUAGGGCUUUUUAGUGGGUUUUGCAUGACAAAUUUUGCUUUUUUUCUGCAUGGCCAAAGUUUCUGAUGCUGAAAAUCCAAAUACUAUUUGUCAUAUGCAAAGCUACCUACGAAAAAAAAAAAACUUUAUCAAAGGUCGUCUCUUCCCUCGCCCACCGCUCGGUCUGCGAAAAGCCCUGCUUCUACGUCGAAGCCGGGGUUGGCUACCGCCCGGAAUUAGAUGCACUUGUGAAGAAAUUGAACAUCGAGCUGAUGCCCCACCACGCCAAAGCGAUUGCUUCCGUCACUCUUGCCACCCUCUGCGUGCACCAUGCGCAGUACUUGGAGCGGAUGCAGAGCCCGAAUGUGGACUUAGUCGAUCGGGUCACCUGGACGAAUCGGUAUGAGCAUUGCCGGUUGGCGACACUAGAUACUCUAGUCGCGGUGAUGAGCAAAUUAAUCCGGGAUUUGGUUGAAUCUAUGGAGACCAAUGCGGAGAAUAAGAAGAUGAUCGAGGAGGAGAUUCUGAAACAGGAAGAGAUCAAAGACAACGCGGAUCUGGCGUACGAACGGGCGGAACACUUAUUGAAAUUCCUCGUGUGGAAACUCCAUUCCGAUCUCCUCGACGCGCUGGAAAUCGGAAUUUUAGAGCAUAUCAAAUGUAAAAAUGUCUGGGUCUGGAAGAUUCUGCGACUUGUCAUGCAUGUCUGACAUGACACGAGAAUCUGUAAUGCGUGGGAACGAACCGGCUCUCCUAUCUGUCAUGCAAAAACGCAGUUUCUCAUGCGGAAUACGCAACACGUAGCCGCUCAAAAAUUUGUCAUGCUUGGCUGCGUAUUGCAGUCCGGCUAUCAUCCACUUUUAGCAUUACAACUUUCCAGACCCAGACAUUUUUGCAUUUGAUAGAGCAGCCGCAAAUGCAACUGGUCCCCAACCCGGAGAUUGUGGCGAGCGAAAUCCUAUCAACUGUAAAAAUGUCUGGGUCUGGAAGAUUGCGAGAUUUGUCAUGCUUGUCUGGCAUGGCUCUUAAAUCUGUCAUGCACGUUACCCAAGAGCUCCAUUUUUCUGUGAUGCAGAAACGCAGUUUGUCAUGCAGAAUAGGCAACACCUAGAAACUCAGAAACUUGUCAUGCUAAGCCAGCAUUUGUGGCCUCAUCAUGAGACGCCACCCAGCAUCACAAGUUUCCAGACCCAGACACUUUUGCAUUUGAUGAAUCCUGAUGCAUUUCGGCAACAUGCUGGAGGAAAGAGUGAGACGGUUGCACAUCCGCGACGCGUUAUUGUUGAACAGUUCCUGGCAGAACGAGUUCGUGCAGGAGUUGGGGAUGCAACUGCGGGUAAAAGGGGCGCAACUCUGGGGGUCGAUCGAACUCAUGCCGGGGGUCGAGAUGGACAUCGACCCGGAGCAAAGGAGGAAAAGGGACGAAAAAAUGAAAAACGACAACCUGUCCGGGCAACCACAAGACUCCGCCUUGUUGCAAGACCUCAUGGGCCGCGCGGCCAAGCAGUCGCAAACCGACAUUUCGUGCACGCGUGGGGAUAAACUACCCGCGGAAGCGCGAUAUCUCGCCACCGGAGAAAUCGGCGCGGACAACAUGGGGGACAUGGAGAAGGAGCAGAACUCCCCCCCCGCGAAGGUCUCGAUCUUGCAAUCUCGCGACAACCACACGAUCGUGCAGGUGGCGGGGGAUCGGACACAGUUGUUAGAAGUGGUCGGCAUGAGUCAGGACCGGCAUUUGCCCCGGGUCCCCGGGACGGAGCCGCACCGGACGCGACGGGACAUUGUCAUGGUGAUCCCGGACGAGACGAAAGUUAGUAAAACGAGGGAUUUGUUGGAAAUGUUUUCCUCGUUCUGCGACAUUGAGGACGCGUUGGACUUACUGGGCCCGGAGAAAGAUAACGAUGGGACGAUUCACGAGCAGAUGAAAAUCGUGAUGAUCCACAUGGACGAUAUCAUGACACUUGAUGAGGGUGGGAUUGUCGACAUUUUAUGCUGCACCGGAUUCCUAAAAGAUGCGGAGCAACUGCUCGUGAUGGAGCACGAGAUGGACCGGGAUGAUAGGCUUUUAGAGUGCCUCUGCCACAUGAUUGUCGACCCGGAACUCGGCGACGUGAUGGUGAUCGAGUCCGACCACUCCCGGGACGAAGUUGCGUUUUUGACCGAAAAGGACAAACACGCCCAGGACAUAUGAACUGCAAAAGCAUCGUACUCGUAUAAAUGCAUUACAAAUUCACCUAGCACUACAAACUGAAGCUGUAAUGCGGAUUUGCCUUGAUAAAAAGAUUUGUAAUGCAGAAACGCAAGUAGUACGAGUACGAUACUUUUGCAAUGCAUAGGACAAUUCCAUCGAUAACUUCUACAAGCCGAGUCGUUCUUCUGAUGUCUUCGGGGACGGGAAGUUAUGCAAAGCAAUUAUGCCUUCUGACUCAGAAAUUUGUAUUGCAAAAAGCAGCCUCUGGAAAGGAUAAGCAGAUGCACGGGUCGCAAGACAAAUUGAUUCAAGAUUUUGAUAGUGCGUCUUGGUCUCAGCGAAGGCAGCCUUGCAAAUUUCGCAUCAGAGGAGACAAUGCUGAAGUACUUCUUGCAUGACAAAAACUGGGUCGUGUGGGGGCAUAUUUGUAUUGCAUAAAAGCUAUCCGCACUGUACCAAGCGGCGGACGUGACCUACGUGCCCGACGCGAGCUUUCGUUUGAUCGAGCCGGAACGGAUGGCGCAGCUGCGGGGGGAGGAGCAGGAAAAUAUUGAAAACGCGAUGGAGUCGAUGGGAAUGUCCAAUGAGCAGAUUCUGGGCGCGGGUUUAACCGGCGCCGGGUUGAGCAAGUUGCAGUACAAAACGCCGUUGGAAGACACGGACAUCGCCCGGCAUUGUAAGGUCAUGAAGCCGACCACCUCCAACAAUGUGACGAACUUCAAGCUGUCCAAGGCUCUGCGGACCAAGGACAUGGCUUCCAAACCGGAUUUCCGCCUCGCCUCCGAGGGGAUCGCGGAGCACUGCAUCGCGGGAGUUCUUGGUGAGAAGUUCCAAACGCACGAAAGGCUUGCGGACUUACUAUCCCGGUCCGGCGCCGCGUCGGUUGUCGCGGCGGCCGAAGGUGCCGCGCAGGUGCAGGGGACGGACCCGAUGUUUCCGAAGGACGGUAUUGCCGAUGACAAACAGGUCACGCCCGACGCGAACAUUACCGUUUUGGAAGAAAUCGGUCGGUUCGCGGCACGACAAGCCCUGUACUCCGGCGCGAUUGACAAGGCGAAGGCCAAUCUGAACCUCCACACCGUCGCGGAGGCGCUGAUUAUUCACGCCCGGGUCGGGGCCAGCAAAUUUCUCGGCGGAACCGCGGAACACCUCCGGGCGCUCGGCGUCGCGGAUUUAUUGGAACACGAAACCGGCGUGGCGGUCAAGGCUUUGAUAUCAAAAGGAAAAAUCCCUUCUCCCCAUAUGAAAACGAAGUUUCUGAUGCUGGAUUUGAGUACACAAGUCAGAUUUGUCUUGCUGGACAGGACUGCAGAUGACCCAUAUCAAGCCUGAGUAGAGAGGCUUUAAUCUAGGCGCUUUUUAGCAUGAAAAACGUCCGUGCUGUAGCGCUUAACAGCAUGUUGACAAACCGCCUGCAUAAUGCAGCGGAGCCGGUGGAGUUGCCGUCUUGCAACACAGACACGAUUUGUGGUCACAUAUCAGCAACGCAAAUUUGCGAAAACCUACCGCGUCAAUAUGGGGAGGGGGGAUUUGUCAUUGCGAUAUUGGAUCGUCGCUCUCUUCGGCCGCGCGGCGCUGCAGGAGUUUAUGGGCAGUACCAUUGCAACCGCUUCUGAGGUAUGGAUUGUAAAAAUGUCUGGGUCUGGAAAGUUGUGAUGCUGGGUGGCGUAUCAUGAAGAGGCCACAAAUGCUGGCUCAGCAUGACAAGCUUUUGAGCUUAGAGGUGUUGCCUAUUCUGCAUGACAAACUGCGUUUCUGCAUGACAGCAAAAUGGGGCUCUUGGGUAAUGUGCAUGACAAAUUUAAGAGUCAUGUGAGACAAGCAUAACAAACUUCCAUUCUUCCAGACCCAGACAUUUUUGCAGUUGAUAUGAGGGGGAUGUCGGGCUGUUGGAAGAAAUUUUACAACGUGCCGCCAUGAAAGCGGUCGUCCGCCGCAUGUACUGGCGGGGCGAGCAGCGGCUGCGGCAGAGGACGGAGUUUUUGGCGAAUAAAAGGCAUGACAUGCACGGGAUGUUCAGGCGGAACAUGCUGCAGAGCUGGACGGAGGGAAUUGAAGAGGACGAGUUGAAGACGUUGAAAUCGGUAUUGAUAGUGUGGUUUUUGCAUCACAAAGUUUGAGUUUUUUCGGAAUUUCCUGCAACAGAAGUUUCAUGAUCAAAAUGAAAGUCCUCCGAGAACUUGUCAUGCAUCAAAGCCAAGGGAUGAUAUUCAAAAAACCUCUACAACUAUCAGGGCCUCUCCCGUCGCGACUACCGCGGAAUCGCCGUUCUCCGGGACAUGAACGCGGGAAACCGCCGCCUCCACCGGGUUGGCAUGCACAAAGAUCCGAUCACCUCCGACAUGCUGGUUCGCAAUUUCAAACUGGGUGACCACAUGGACGUCUUACGCCCAGGCUUUGGCACCACCACCCACGGCAUGCUAAAGUGCAACGCCAAGGACUGCCAACAAUUAGUCCAUGAGGUUGUCGACGUCGCGAAAUAUUUAGACCACGACCGUCUCCACAUCCAGUGCGCGGAUUUCGACGCGUUGGCGCGACAUCUGGUUUCCUCCGUCCACAAAGUCGUGACCCAGUUCGUCCCGCCAGAUUUGGUGGAGCGAAACAUUUCCUUAAUCGCCACUUCCAAAACAUUAUACGGUCUCAACGUCGUUGUCACCCAACCGGGGCCGGAUGACAGCAAGUGGCUGGCCGUCCCUAAAGUGACAGUCGCGGUCCGGCAGAUCGCGGAUAUUCCGUCGAGAUUGUUACCAAUAGUGGAAACGGAAAUCGACGCGUUAGGUGCGAUCCACGACAUGGCGGCUGGAUGCGCGUCGUCCAUCAUCGGCAGGGGGUUGGCUUACUGCCAAUUCCCCUUAUCCCGCGAGGCGGUCCAAACGAGUCAAUCGUUGGCGAAUACGGUCAUCACGUUGAUUGAGAGGACGAAUUCCGUGGAUGGGGAGGUCCUAGAGGAUUUCCAGGACUCGUUGAACGCCAAUGUCGUCGACGAAAUGUCUUUAUUGCAAGCCUGUCGCUACGUGCAGGCCUUCGUCGAGGGCCAGUGCGACAUUAUUAAACGGACGAAGUUGGAAAACGUGGAUUUAGAACUACUCCGGAAGGUGGAAGUGGGUGUGAAAGUCGCGAAAGAGAACACGAUCUUAGGGGGGAUGAAUUCGCACAAGUUGAUGAAGGCCAAACUCGCCUCUGUCGACGUGCUGGUCGCCGAGGCCAUGAACGCUUUGGCGCUAGAAGUCCACCGAUCUUCAGAAAUCGAAUUAAUGCAGCGGGCCUUGAACGCCCGGUGGCGGUACGCGCCGGUGAAAUUGGUUUGCAACGUGGGUGAUCAGAUCGAACUGAUGGCGAUAUCAAAUGUAAAAAUGUCUGGGUCUGGAAGGAUGCAACUUGUAAUGCUAUUUUUGGAUUCUAAAAAAAUCUGUGUUGCAUGACAGGCAAUAGGAGUCCAGUCCUUGCCACGUGGACGAGAGGGCAUUUCUCAUGCAGGAUAUGCAUCAAGACGCACUCAGAAAAUCUGUGAUGCUAGGGCAUAGAUCACAGCCGUCAUGGGUCAUGUCAGAUGUGCAUGACAAAUCUUCCAAUCUUCCAGACCCAGACACUUUUACACUUGAUAGGCGAGCCACCCGGAUAACAUCAGUGUGGAGGAGUUAGCGGGGCUGGAAUCCUACCCAGAGAACGACGCCAUCCGGGUGUUGAAUGAUGUCAUCAAGGACGUGAUUGACAGGAGGUGUGAAACUUUUCUGCAGAAUCUGUCCGCGAAUCUCACCCGGCAACCAACCUCCGAUAUCGACGCCGGCUUGGUGCAGGAUUUCUUGGAGAAGCUUGCGACGAAACUGGACAAUGAGCUGAAGGAGAAACUGAAGCAGGAGCUGUGCAAGCCGGAAUUGAAGCCACACACACCCGACGCCCUUCCGAACGACGUCACGGUUUUGGCGAAUUUCUUGCUGAAGACUUUGGAACUGGCAAAGAUCGAGUCGCGGAAAAACCCGAAGAAGGAUUUGGCGGGCAAAGCGCUUUUCGACACUUGUGACUUCUUAGCGCAGCGGGUUUUACAGCAAAUUGAGCACGAGUUUGGAACCGAGCAACAGUUCCGGAAAGUGAUCUACGAGUUGGUCGGAAUUCUCACCGACGGAAUGGUGAUCAAUUCUCGGGAUCAAGAGAUCGCGGAAGUCGUUUGCCACUUCAUCGGCCACGUGUCCAAUCGCUGCGCAUUGCAAAUGUGUCUGGGUCUGGAAGAAUGCAAGGUUGUCAUGCUUGUCUGGCAUGACUCUUAAAUCUGUGAUGCAUGAACAGGAAAACAAGGGCCUCUUGCCUGUCAUGCAAAAACGCAGUUUGUCAUGCGAAAAACGAAACACACAGCAGCGCAAAAACUUGUCAUGCUAGGCGGUAUACUGCAGUGCGCCCACAAUUCGUAGAUUUGCAUCACAAUGUUUUUCCCGACCCAGACAUAUUUGCAAUGCAUAACCGCUGCGCGCAGACCAAGUUCAUGAAGCCGAUGAACGCCGAAGAGUCGAUAUCCUAUGUAAAAACGUCCCCACCCCAGAGUCAAGAUGGGGAUUUUGCAACACAAACCUUGAAGUUUUGGGAACCACGCAUGACAAAUUGCAGACUGUAGUGUAGUGCAGUUUAGCAAGGGAAGCCGCAUAGCAAAUCGAUCUCCUUAUGCUGUUUACAGCAUUACAAGUUCCAAAACACGAUUGAUAAUGCCCCUCAUGGGAUCGCGCAUUACAAGCGCUCUUGUGCUUGCAGAUCUGCAUCACAACUCUGGGGUGGGGACGUUUUUACUCAGGAUAGUCGAUGUGGCUCCGGAACCGACAGCUGGGGAGGAAGAAUUUAAUGCAGUUGAUCGUGAAGGAGCUGAAGUCCGUUUCCGCGUAUGACGGGCAGUUAAUCACGGACUUCUGCGAGCGCAUCGUCGAAAUGAUGGAGAAGGAGGCGAACUCCGACGGCCCGGCGUACCAUUCCGGAGAAACGAUUGAGGAAGCACUUCUCCUCCAUUCCCACCACGUAAACAAGGAGCUCACGCACGCGAACGUGGCGAAUAGGCAGAUGUUUGUCGUCGACCAGGUCGACGUGUUUGAGGAGUAUUCCCUGUUAACCGAGGACGUGAUUGAAACCGACCAGAUUGAAGCGCUUAUCAACUGUAAAAGUGUCUGGGUCUGGAAGAAUGCAGCGCGUCAUGCUAAAUCUGAAGCAUGCAAAAAUCUGUGUUGCAUGAUUACCAAAAGUCGUCCAGUUUUGAUCAAGUCGGAAGGAAGUUUCUCAUGCAGGAUAGGCAUGAGAGAGAUCGCGCAGAAUCUGUCAUGCUAGGUCCUGCAUUCCAGACCUCAUGGGUCAUGGAAAAGCUGCAUGACAAAUCUGACAAUCUUCCAGACCCAGACACUUUUGCAAUCCAUAGCGUUGGUCAAGCAGCACUUCGUCGACACGGUGGGGAGAAGAUUAUAUCCUGAGUAAAAACGUCCCCACACCAGAGUUGUCAUGCAGAUUUGCAAUGACAGGAACAUUUGUAAUGCGCAUCACCAGGAGAGGCAUUUUUAGUCGUGUUUUGGAAUUUGUAAUGCCGUAAACAGGAUGAGCAGGUGGAUUUCUGAUGCAGCUGGCCUUGCGAAGCUGCACUACACUACGGACUGCAACUUGUGAUGCGUGACCCCCAAAAGUUCUAGGUUUGUGUUGCAAAAUCCUCAUCUUGACUCUGGUGUGGGGAUGUUUUUACUCAGGAUAGAUUAACGGAAAAUUUAACCAUGCGGGAAAUUCGUCGGGUGAAUUUAAGGGAUGAAGUGAUCAACCGGUUGUCGAUGCGCGGCAACAUGCAGAGUUUGAAACCGCAACACAGAACCAUGCAGGCCGCGACGAAAUUGUUUGAGCAGUUGAAGCACUUCGUGUUGCAGCAUUUGGACAGAAUUGCGCAAAUGGACGCGUACGAGCUGAUCUUUGUGGAAACACAGGUUCUCGCGAAGAAAAUCGCGGAUAAGAUGGACGAAUUACUAGAUUUGGGGAUCAGCAACGAGAAAAUUUUGGAGUUUAUCGACGCCAUGGAGAAAGACUUGUUCCUGCUAUUAGAAAACGCUCUCGUUGAGGACCGGCCGAAGGACAGAUUGCAAAAACCAAAAGCGGUGAAGAAUUUCCAAGUGUCGUCCGCCACCGGGAUCACGCCGGACGAGGCCGCCGGCCACAUCGUCGCGAAGCCGGGCAUAUGCAUUGCAACUUUGUCUGGAUAGUUUGGAAGAUUGCAACUUGUCAUGCUCAAUCUGAAUCAUGGAAAAAUCUGUCUUGCAUGAGGGCCAAGAACCGCUGUCCUCUUUUGACCAGGUUGAGGGGGACGAGUUUCUCAUGCAGUAUAGGCAUGAUAGAGACCUCAAAGUAGAAUCUGUCAUGCUCGGUCCCCCACUCCAGACCUCAUGGGUGGUCGUGGAAAAUGUGCAUGACAAGUCUUGCAACCUUCCAGAGGACCCACACAUAUUUGCAGUUGAUACGGCACCGCCGGGUUCGGGGCCAGUUCGAUUCAGGACAUGCUGCAAUCGAAACGGGCGUCGCGGAAUAUGAAACAAGGAAAUCCCAACGCGUCCAUGCCGCGGGCGCCGACCACCGGCGCGACGGCCCACGGGAUCGAGAACGAAAUGCGGAGUCGGGAUCUGGAACUGCAGGGCUACGAUUCCAUGCCGUCCGACCGGGCGGGGGGCGGCCGGGUGCGGAAGAGCAUGGGGGAUCGGAUCAAGAACCGGCGGAACGUGAACGACACAACCUUGCAAAACUUCAACCUCGGCCCGCAAACGCAGGUGGGCGGGAGUCUAUCAAAUGCAAAUAUGUCUGGGUCUGGAAGAUUCUGCGCCAUGUCAUGCUAGUCUGGCAUGACUCUGAACUCUGUAUCGCGUGCCCCCGAAGAGGUCUGCUUUUCUGUCAUGCAAAAACGCGGUUUGUUUCUCAUGCGGAGUACGCAACUCAGAAGCACCGAAAAACUUGUCAUGCUGGGGAGCGCAUCACAGUGUGCUCACUAUUCCCUUCCUUGCAUCACAGGUUUCCGGACCCAAACAUAUUUGCAAUGCAUACAGGCCGGACGGGGCUUAUUUUACCAACGCGGGACAAAUUGACGCGGUUCCGUAUCAGAUUUCAUGAGUGGAGAUGAAAUCAGGGGUGAAGUAAGUCUAGCAGGAGAUGAAGAAAGAAGCUCUCGCAACCAAGAAUAUUUUUGAUAACCGUGAAUCUUUUUGAAGUUGGUUCUUUACAGGAAACAAUCUUUUCUCGCAGAACGUCAGCUCAAGGCUUUCCGGCGCUGAGUCCGCAUGCCAAAUUGUUUUAGAUCAGAUUUUACGAAAAACACAGUAUCAGACGCGUGAAUCUUUUUGAAGUUACAAAUUUUCGUUCUUGUAUCAGAUUUGUUUUAGCAUAACCUAGUUUUACCAGUAUUCAAAAUCAUCCAAAAUAGCAUCUUUUUGAAAAAUCAGACACAAUUUUAUCGCUUUUGCAUUUGUAGAAUUUCAAAACUCAAUGCUACCCUUGUGACGUUGUUUUUUGCACGAAAACAAGCAAGUCGUUCUCUAUCGUUCCCCGGUGCAGUAAAACUGUAAAGCAUAGCACAGCUCUAGUUCCGCCUCGCCCUAGAUAGAUUCAAUUCGGAAGAAAGUUUUCAGUUUCAACAGACAGUUUAUUUCAUGUACAAUAGCAGGCUUUUUUAUUUUUUGACAAUACGAAAAGUUCUACUUGACCGACCGUUCUUUUUUAUUAGCAUAAAGUACACCAGAAAAUAUAGGUUUUAUCCACGUUGAAAAUCUUCUGUAUCUCGAAAUCAUUCUUAGCAUGUUCUCUAUACAAAACUUUUUGGAAGUAGUAGUAGAAAAAGCACCAAUUCCCUAAAAUCCUCUUUCAGCAUAACCCAAUAGUUUUUUCCGCUCAUAGCCUGAGACUCCGCCCACACGUCGACCCCA